AUGGAGUAUUUAGCCUGCAGAGAUUUUGUAAGAAGAAAGAUACCCUUUUAUUUUAUCCUUAUUAUAGGGUUAGCACUUAGCAGUGCUGGCAUAGUGAGUAGUUGUACUGGUGCUACUGCAUUCGGCAUCCAUCGAUCAUUUCACCCAAACCAACUCUGCAAACAACAUUCUAGAAAUCGGCGUAGAUUGCAGCAUCCGAUUGUGAAGAGAAUGUGGUCUUCUUCUACUUCCUCCUCUUCCUUCUUCCUCAACACACCUUCUCUUUCACCUCGCUUCAACUUCAGCCAUACUCCAACCUCUUUCUUCAUUCCUCGCCCCCAUCUCUCCGCUUCCCUCUCCCACACCUCCUGGGCCCACAAUCCCUCCGAUGAUUUCGGCGGUUGGGCCCUUCUCGACUCUCCGGCCCGGCCCACUACCACCAACAAAGCAUUUCCUUCGUUUGUUGUAGUGAGCGUUGGUACUUCGCUGGCUCUUCUCGCCGCUCUCUUUGCUAGCUUCUCCCUAUCAAGGAAUGGUUUUAAGAUUCAAUUCACAAGUCCAUUGCAAGGAAUAUGGAACCCUAUUAAAACUCAUGAUGAUCAAGACAGGGCUGGUGCAGAGUUUGACGCUUCUAAUGGGAGCAAGUCGACGUACGAAGCCAUACCUUUUUCAAUUACAACGGAAACUGUUACAUCUGCUAUAGAAAAGCCGGAACAUGUUACAAUCCCAGUUUCUGUGGAUUCUACACAAGAAGAAGCAUUGUCGGUCUUGAAGACACUGAAGAUAAUUGAAGAUAACGCGGAAGCUACUGAAUUGUGUACCAGAAGAGAAUUUGCUAGAUGGCUAGUUAAAUUAAAUUCUUCUUUGGAAAGGAGUCCUAAACACAGGAUUGCUCCAAUAGUAUCACUUUCUGGAUCUUUAGUUACUGCAUUUGAUGAUAUCAUUGUUGAAGACCCAGAUUUUAGAUCCAUUCAAGUCUUAGCAGAAGCUGGUGUAAUCCCCAGCAAAUUAUGUUGGAAGAAUAGUUCCAAUUACGAUGGAUCUGAUGGUCAAGAAAACAUAAAUUUUUUUCCUGAUAGAUUCAUCUCACGACAAGAUCUAAUGGACUGGAGAGCUCAGCUGGAGUAUGAAUUUUUCUCUGGAGUAAUUGAUCAGAUAUCAAUUAAAAAGGCGGGUUAUAUGGAUGUGAAAGAGAUCACUUCUCCAGCAGUUUAUGUGGACAUGCUGGCAGGGGAUAGGAGUAUACUCAGAAAAGUUUUUGGACAGAGCAAACGAUUUCAGCCCAACAAACCUUCAACAAAAGCACAAGCAGCAGUGGCUCUGACAAGUGGCAGAAUGAAGGAAGCAAUAUCUGCUGAAUUGUCAAGAGUAGAAGCUGAGAAUUCUGCCAGGGAAGCCGAGGCAGAAGAGAUCAGGUCUGAGUUGCUUAGCCAAGGAGACAUAGAGAGGUUUUGGGAUGAGAAGCUGAGGGAAGAGAAAAGUCAUGGUUUUGAUGUACAGAGGAUUUAUCUCAAUGCAGUAAGCAAGUUGGAAGAAGAGAAGAUCAAUCAAGAUAAGAUAUAUGCUAAGUAUUUAAAAGAAAAGGCAGCAAUGGAUUGUCAGAAGCAGCUUCUGCUUAGUUUAAAGAAAGAAGUUGAUGAGAUAUCAGAAAAGCUUGCAUCAGAGAGAGUCAUAUUUGUAGAUGAAAAGUAUAUUGUACAGAAGUUGCUCAGAGAUCUGGAGUCCAAGCACGAAGAAAUGCUUGACACCAAAUCCACACUGGAAGCUGAGAAAGAAGCUCUUCAGAUUCUUAGAUCGUGGGUGGAGGACGAGGCAAGAAGAAGCCAAGCUCGGGCAGCCGUUCUUGAAGAGGUAGGGCGAAGGUGGAAAUGGGAUGAUCAAUCUUGAAUGAGGGGCACGUCCUAUAAAUGUAAAGUACUAUAUUUUAGUUACUAAAAAACAGAAAUUCUUUAGGCUAUCAUGCUGUGUUUGGUAUGGUCUUUUGGAGGAGAAAGGAAAGGAUUGAGGCAGAUAAUGAGCCUCAUUCGUCGUUUGGCAUACAAAUUCAAAGGGGUGAGUUGAGUGGGGGUGAGUUUCCGUAGGCCCCAUAGAUUUUCCAUCCCUCUCUUGUGGGAUGGAUUAGGAGGGAGGGAAGAGGGCUUGCAGCAAAUUUCGUCUUUAUCUUUUCGAAGUUGUACGUUGUUCCUGUUUAACUAUCUUAAGUUUUGGAAGCUUUAAGAAAUUCCCUUUUAGAUAAAAUGUCAUACUAGCUUAUCACUGGUGACAGAUUCCGCUUUGUAAGUGGAAUAAUUCCAAACGCUGGAUAACAUUGUGAAGCCUAGUUGGCUUAUCCCUUUUCAGGAAAGCCUAGUUCUAUAGAGUCUUGCAUUUUUUUUUUUUUUUUGGUAAGCAGUCUUGGUUUUUUUUUGCCCCCCCCCCCCCCCCCCCACAAUAGUUACAUUGUGAUCAAUAAGAUGAAGUUUAAUCUGUUCUCUGUUUUUCUUAAUGCUUUCACCAGGUAGAAAUAAAUUGUAUACAAACUUAAU